AAUUAGGGUUUUUCUGUUCUUCUACUUCUUCUUCAUUUUCCGGCGACGCCAUAACCCACCGGAAUGGGGUUAGAUGGAGACGACGUGGAACGAAUCCUCCGUGAUCUCGAAACCUUGAAGGACACGAGGGCGCGGAUAGACAAUAAGAUUUCUGUCCUCGAAUCUAAGCUCCGGCAGAUUCAGCAGAAGCCAUGUCCCCAGCAAAACGGCUCCGUCUGCAGCGGUUCUUGUCCUGCAACGUCCGCUAUUGUGCCUGGCUCCUCCCACGGGUUAUCGGCCGAUAUGGUUUACCGUUACAGUCGCCACCUGCUGCUCCCUUCUUUUGGAGUUCAAGGACAGUCAAAGCUCUCGAAAUCUUCCAUCUUAGUUGUUGGAGCUGGAGGCUUGGGAGCACCAGCUUUGUUAUAUCUUGCAGCUUCUGGUGUUGGUUGCUUGGGUAUUGUUGAUCAUGAUGUUGUCGAGCUUAAUAAUAUGCACAGACAGGUCAUCCACACGGAAGCAUAUAUAGGCCAGCCAAAAGUGAAAUCUGCUGCUGCUGCUUGCCGAGCUAUGAACUCCACUAUUCAGAUUGUUGAAUACGAGGAAGCUUUGCGCACAUCUAAUGCUUUGGACAUCAUGAGCAAAUAUGACAUAGUCAUAGAUGCAACCGAUAAUGCCCCAAGUCGUUACAUGAUAAAUGAUUGCUGUGUGUUAUUGGGAAAGCCUCUAGUAUCAGGUGCUGCCCUAGGAUUGGAAGGGCAGCUAACAGUUUACAAUUACAAAGGAGGACUGUGCUAUCGAUGCCUGUUUCCAACUCCACCUCCUACAACAGCAUGUCAAAGAUGCUCUGAUAGUGGUGUCCUGGGAGUUGUUCCUGGAGUCAUUGGCUGUCUCCAAGCCCUGGAAGCCAUUAAAAUUGCAAGUUCUGUUGGUGAACCCCUUUCAGGUCGAAUGCUUCUAUUUGAUGCCCUAUCAGCACGAAUCCGUAUGGUUAAAAUUAGAGGUAGGUCAUUGCAAUGUGAAGUUUGUGGAGAAGGUGCAGCAUUCACCCAACAGCAUUUCAAAGAUUUUGAUUAUGAGAAGUUCACUCAAUCUCCACUAGCAACGACUCCCCUGAAGUUGAACCUGCUUUCAGCAGAGUCCAGAAUAAGCAGCAAAGAGUAUGAAGAUAAACUUGUUAGCGGUGAGGCGCACAUUCUGGUUGAUGUUCGGCCAGAUUAUCACUACAAGAUUGUGUCUAUCCCAGAAUCAUUAAAUAUUCCGCUUUCUAGCCUUGAGGCCAGGUUACCUGAAGUUUCAUCAGCAUUAAAAGAAGAGGAAGAGCGCAAAGGUAAGAAUUCUGGGACGGGUGCUAGCCUAUAUGUAAUAUGCAGGAGAGGUAAUGAUUCGCAGAGGGCUGUCCAGUACCUUCACAAGAUGGGUUUCACAACAGCUAAGGAUAUUGUUGGUGGUUUGGAGUCUUGGGCGCAUGAUGUCGAUCCCAACUUUCCCAUGUAUUAGAACAACAUUAACUACAACAUUUUGCCUUUCCAGUGCUCCUUUUUUCUUUCUCUUUUUGGGCCCAGCAAAUUUUUAUUAUAAUUAUUGUGGAAUUGAGAAGCUACAAACUAUUGUGUAAUAUGUACGUGUCAUUUGUAAUCUAUAAUUUAUGCAUUCUCAAUCAUUUGUGGUCAAUAAUUUUCUUGUAGUAAAAUUUUCUGAGUCAG